GACCGGCGGAAUCUCUUGCCGACUCUGCGGUGGCGGGCACAGCCACAGGUUUUCCCACCUGUCCCCGCAGCGAAGGGCGCGGCGCCUCGCCCUCCCGCACCCGUCCGUCCCCUGGCCCGAAACCACCACAAAAACAAGCAGCAACCGCGAAAGGAAAAGGAGAAACGCCCCAAAACUCGGUCGGUUCCCCACUUCCCCACGCUUCCUGACGUCCUCCUCAACCAUCCUCCAGCACCCUCCCAAGGGACCGGACCACGAGGCUUUGGCUGCGGGCGGAACUGCUCCUCCAGCUUCUUCCACCGCGCUCGGCCCGCACCCAUGGAGGUGGAUGAGUGCGGCGGCUGGGACUUCCUCGAGUGGGUGGGCCCCGACACCUCCGCCUGCGUCUUCCGCCUCCUCGACGACCCCGCCGACCUCGCCCGCGCCGCUGCCGUCUCCCGCUCCUGGCGCCGGUUCGUUAUCGACAACGAACUCUCCAAGAACCUGUGCCUGCGGAUAUGCCCCGAGGUCGCCAACUUCACCCGCGCAGUCGAGGUGAGCAGAUCGCCGCCGCCGCCCGCCGCGCACGCCUCCGAGUCCAGCCAUGAAGCUGAGCUCAGGAACCUUGAGAGGGACCACAGGAUAUACUCCUACCUCAGCGGUGCCCUCGUCUCCACCAAACCUUCCAUGGACUGCAUCCUGCACUGCAUCGUCGCCUCCAGCACCGACAAUUUCCCGGACGAGAGCAUUAAGAACACGCUCGAGCCGCUGGACCGGAUCAAUCACCGCCCCUCCUACUGGUCGAGCGGCGGGCAGGAUGACGCCGACGUGCCGGAGAGCUUGACCUACAGGCUCAACUCUGAUCUCUGCAUAAUUGACGAGAUCAGGAUACAACCGUUCAAAGCGUAUUUUCAGCCUGGCCAUCCUAUUUACUCUUCAAAGUCGGUGCGAAUUCGGAUGGGCCACUCCAAGAUUCCUCAUGGGGCGGAGUUUUUUGUCACGGAUGAGGAUGAGAACCUGAGGGUGAUCGCUGAUGAAAAUUACGUGUGGACGUACACGUCACCAGAGUUUCCUAUGCUGCAGGAAAAUGAGUUACAAACCUUCAAACUCCCGCGUUCAGUCCUUUGCAUUGGUGGUGUAGUGAAGAUUGAACUGUUGGGAAGAGUACAGAAACAAGAUACAGAUGAUAGGUAUUACAUAUGUGUCUGCCAUGCCCAAGUGAUCGGGCGCUCCCUUUCACCAGAUUUCAUGGUUGACAUCUCUGAUCCUGCUGGUUAUUCAAUCCUCAAGUAUCUGCCGGGUGCCAGUAACUUGCGUGCAGAAGACAUAGUCCCGGAUGACCCUAGAGACUCGUCGGAGUGGCACCCGCUUGUUGCUAGAUACAAGCGGAUGAGGCAUCUGGCGAUGAUGAAUGUGCUGCUUGGGCCUGUACAAUUUAUGGAUGAAGACGAUAUAGGUGGUGUCACCGAUGAUGACCUGUACAUGUAGGCCUCGUUUGCUGGACUGCAGGGUUUUUACUAUCUAUAGUUAGCAUUUUCUCUGAAGCAGUCUGUAACCUAGUUGAGAAAGAAUGUCGUUCUGAAUUUCUGAUGAGUAAAGUGUAAACACUUACUGCUGGCGUCGUGGUUUUACAACUCUGCUUAAUCUCGAUUGUGGUAAUAAGAUAAGUUCAGUUCUUGGCUC